GCCCCCUGCUGCUGCUGCUGCAGCCUGAUCUCAUCUACUUUACCAGGCGAGACGCAGUUCAUCUCCAAAGAGCCUGUUAUUUACCUCCCUGCUGCUGACAGCGCACCUGCCCGUCUGGCUGCUUAUUUUCCAGUCCGAACAGAGAGAGCACCGAGGAGCGCUCAACACGCAGCCUACAGAAAUAAGAGAAUUAUUCACCAUCUAAGACGCAAAAAUGAUGCGAUUUAUUUCCAUUUAUAUUUGUCUUGCUGGAGAUUUUCAACUCGUCCUUAAUUCCCUGACUCUUGGAUCGAAAAACAAUCCCAGGCUGCUGAGUACAGAUACAAUCAGUGGUGGAUUUGAAUAUCCAGUCAAUCAGAACCACAGCCUGUUCUUCUAUCAUGAAGACUCUAAGGAGAUGUAUAUUGGAGGGACUGAUUUUGUGUGGAAACUUGAUGUGGAUAAUUAUAAUAUUACAGAGAAAUUUCCUCUGAAAGCCCCGCAGCGGCAACACUGCCAAGAGGGCCAAUGUGAAAAUGUCAUCACUGUAAUUGAGAAGUUUCAAGACAGCCUGUUUGUCUGUGGAACAAAUGGACGCAAACCGCAGUGUUGGAAGCUUGUGAGUUUUUCUUCAGUGAACAACCAGUCGCUAGAGAUAGUGGAGAGCUAUGAGGGAACGGGCAUCUCUCCGUUCGUUCACACACAUAACUCCAUAUCCCUCACAGCAGAGGGGGAUCUAUAUUCAGCAGCACCUUUGGAUACUGAUGGAAGUUCAUUACAAUUCAGAAGGAAAGCUGGCAGCAGAGCGAAUGUCUGGAUGUAUGACAACUGGGUCUCAGAGCCCACUUUCAUCUCUGCGUCAUGGGUGAAGCGGAGGGAAGACCCUGACAACGAGAAGAUUUACAUCUUUUUCCGGGAAAAGAACUCGGAUCACAACCCGGAGGCUGACCAAUGGAUAUCGAGGGUUGCCAGAGUUUGUAAGGUAGAUGAAGGCGGAUCAAAAAGAUUCUUCCAGAACAUGUGGACAUCUUUCCUCAAGGCCCGGCUGGUCUGUGGGAUUCCAGGGGAGUCGCUGUAUUUCAACCGGCUCCAGGACAUUCAUGUGAUGCACGCUGAGGACUGGGAGGACACCAAAGUCUUUGCCCUUUUCACGAGCAGCUGGAACUCCACAGCCGUGUGCAUCUAUUCAAUAAAACAAAUUGAAGAAAUAUUUGAGAACUCAACUUUCAAGGGCUAUGAAAAAGAGAUCCCCAAACCAAGGCCAGGAACGUGUGUAAAAAACAGCAGGACUCUGCCGCUGGCUACUGUCAAUAUGGUGAAGGAUUACCCAGAAAUGACUGACUGGGUUCACUCCAUGCAUCAAGCAGCUCCAUUUUAUAUAAGCAGCAACAAUUACACCAAGAUAGCUGUGGACCGAGUCCAGGCAGUAGACGAUCGCAUGUAUAACAUCCUGCUUCUGGCUACUGACUCUGGGAAGAUCCAUAAAGUCUUAGAGGCGGGGUCAGAGCCUUUCAUCAUCUCUGAAACACAACUCUCCAGCUGUUCAACCAUACAAUCAAUCAAACUUGACUCCAAAAAGAAAAAGUUAAUGGUGGGCUUUUCGGAGAAGAUUUCUGUCAUGGACCUCCAGAGGUGUCAGGAGUACAACAAGUCCUGUGCAGAUUGUGUUCUGGCCCGGGACCCGUACUGUGUCUGGACCAAGUCUGGAUGCGCCAAGACUGUCCCUGGGGCAAUUGACCGGGGCAUUCAAAAUGUCAUUGAUGGGAACAUAAGUGUGUGUCCUAAAUCAAUAGAAGCACCAAAACAAGUAAACCGGACCAGACGGGAAACAGCUCCACCAUCAACAGUGGAUCUAAUGACAACACACUUGGCCCCCCUGGGUGUCCCUUUCUAUCUGUCCUGUCCUAUAGACUCUUAUCACGCUGUCUACACCUGGGAGCACGGAGGCCAGAGCAACCCUUGUCUGCAGAUGCAGUCUAACUGCCUGCACCUCAUCCCCGCCAUGACACAAGAGAACUAUGGAGGCUACGAGUGUGUUUCCAAAGAGAAAGACUACACCAAAGUGGUGAAAACAUAUCAGCUUACAGAGCAAAGGAUCCCAGAUAGAAAUGACAACCAUGGCAGAAGCGAUACCCCUUUUGAUGAUGCAUCAGCUGCCGUGCCGCAGAUAGCGUGGAUCACCCUCGGACUGGCUGUAACAGUGAUGGGGAUUUUCAGAUAGGGUGUGCAGGAAUGACUAUUUAAUCUUUACACUCCUUUCUCUUUGAAAAGCUUUUCAGUUGGUUCAGCUGUUUAAAAAUGUAGCAGAAACAUUCUCAUGCCCUUCCUCAUUGCUAUUGCUCAUAGGCCAGGACACAGGUUGCAUGAAAGGAAAUCCACUUUAACAUCAAUGAAGCCUAUUCAAGCAGGAACUCUCCCGCCGUGAACUUUAAACCGUAUUUGUGCAAGUGGUCACAUAGCUGUGUUUGGCAGAAAAGGUUAGGUUUUGAAGUCUACAGGAACAUGCUGUCGCCAAGUUUCUUUUUAAGGGGGAAGCCAGAACAGGAAGAGAUUUGGUGUGAUGGAGGGAAAAAGUCAGCAGCGGACGGAGCACAGCUUGAAGGAUCUGAAUGGCCUUUAUGGUGCCUAACGGUGUUUGUUUGAUCAGCUGAUGAUCAGUCAGUGACCUCAGCAUGCUUCAUGAAUUACUGCAUUGUUUCAUGGAGUACUUCUCUUUCGUUUUAAGACAAGUAGGAAAAAGGGAAUGUGUAAGAAGUAAUCUGAAGGAAUUCCUCAUAAUAAGGGCUCAGUCAAGACCAAAGCACACUUUAAAAUGUUGUUAUCACGAGUGCAAAAGCUGCUGGUCAGAGAGCUACAGACAGUACAGUACACCGUAAGUAGGUGUGGCUGUGUAGUAGUGUGUGCACAUGUUGAGGCCAGCUUUUUGACCUCUAUUCGAGGUCAGAAUUUUUUUUUUAAGUUCCUGUGUAAAUUCCCUCUGUGGCCCACCCCUGUGCACUGCUGAUAAAUUAGUUCUGUCAGAGCGGUUAGGGAAGGGUGGAGGCAGCCAGGGACCCUCCCUGAAUUUCCCUGUUUUGUUGAACUCUCCCACUGCUGUUGUAACAGUCAGUGGUUAGAGAGGAGUUUGGAAAAUGUGCAAUAAAAAACUGUUUUGCUGCAGAGCAGACAGUCUGACUUCUAAAGUCAUAGGGACCUUGUUCAAUUUACACAGACAUUUUUGGCAAAAUGUAUUUGAAUUUUGCAUUGACAUACAGAAACACAUCAACAUUAGCUGCAGUGUGAGCGAUGUAUAUAUUAGUCCCACAUUCCAUUUGACGUAUCACAGGUUUGAGAUGGUUUUUGAAGGUUUUGCAUCUACACAGUGUGCACUCAUCUGUCAUUGAAGUUUUCUAUAAGCUAUUUUUCUAGUCAGUUAUUUAUAUUAAAGCGAGACUAUGUAACUUUCGUCAAACAGUAGCCGCUGUUGCCACAAGUUCUAAAACAGCAAUGCUAAUAAGUAGAGAAAACCGGAUUAGUAAUGUCCAUUAUAAAGCAAUAUCUGGCUGAAGUUUGCUAACAUUAGCUAACAAAAGCUCAUAUCAGACCAAGUAAGGCAGCAAAUUCUGAGUUUAUUGACUUAACCAGUGGUGUGUUUUAUUGCUUAUGUUUUCAACUUUUCAUAUGUAAAAGGAAGACUUUCUUUCAAAGGUUACAUACUCUCAAUUUAAACUAUUCGUUAAAGUGUUUAAGAACUACUAAGCAAGAUAUAUUUAUUGUUAAUAGAGUUUUGGUACGUUCUUUUGUGUUUCACACUGGAGAUUUUUAUACGUGCAAGCAAUAUGUGUCCUUAUAAUUAAAAAAAAUUGUAUAUUUUUGCAUAAUGAAAAAUUUAAGUUAUUAUUGAUUUACUGAUUAUUAAAAUAAAAAAUGGAGCUGAAAUCUGUAAAAUUGUUCACUUAGAGUCGUAGUCACAUACCUCUCUUAAAUCAAGAAAGUAGUUUAUUCAUCCUUAGUAGGUCAUGCCUUCAUCAGACGUGGCACCCAGUAAACCAUGUGCAGCCUGAUCAGACUACAACUAAGGAUCCUUAUCUUAAUCUGUCUUAUUCCUGGAUCUAAAGUCUCAACCCUCCUAAUGACGGCAAAGUGAGUACAUCGUGUUUAUACAAGGAAAAUAAAUAACAGCACAACUA